AUGAUCUUCCAAUUCCUCGCAGGCAUCGCCUACCUCCAGUUCCGCGCCCGCGAGACCAUCGGCAUCUUCGAACGCUCGCGCCGCCCGCACUUCUUGACAUACCAGAUAUUCUUUUUCGUCUUGGAGGUCAUCAGCGUCUUCAGUGUCACCUUCCGCUUUUUCGAGGCCUGGAGAGUCUGCCGCCGUAACUGCAUCGACUUUAAGUACAUUCCUAACCACCUCAUUCACCCUAUCCCCUUCAAUUCUCCGAGGAAUGCAGUCACCAAGGAACAUUCCAACUACCCUUCUAUUGGCGUCUUCAUUCCUUGCUAUAACGAGGACGUCGAUCUCGUCCUGGAAACCCUCCUGGGCGCCGUCCAUAUCGACUAUCCCAAACAGCUACUCACCAUCUAUCUCUGUGAUGACGGAAAGGACGUCAGGAAACGCGCCCUCGUCUCCCAGCUUCGCAAGCGCUACAAGAACAUCCAUUAUGUCAUUAGACCGGAUCACACUCAUGCCAAAGCUGGCAACCUCAACUACUCCCUUGAAAGAACCACAACUGACAUUGUCAUCACUCUUGACGCUGACUUUGUCGCACGCCCAAACAUCGCUCAGAGGCUGCUCCCGUAUUUCUAUGUCUGGAAUCCGGACAUUGAAAAAUACGAAUUCAACGAGACCCUCGCCGUCGUCCAGACGCCUCAGCAUUUUCGCAACCUCUCCCCGUAUGACAGCGACCCGUUGGACCAGCGCUCCACUUUUUUCUUUGAGCUCGUCCUUCCGGGCAAGGACUGGUUCAACGCUUCCACCAUGAUUGGCACUAACAACAUGUUGAGUCGCGUCGCCCUCAAAGAAGCCGGCUAUUACCCUUAUCACUCCAUCACCGAGGACACUGCCAUGUCGCUGCGCUUCCACCAAUUAGGCUACCGCACCUACUUUGUGAACGAGUCACUCGCCACUGGCCUAGCGACGACUUCGCUGUGGAGCAAUCUCGGGCAGCGUGCGCGCUGGCUCAAGGGAGAUUGGCAAAUCCUCUUCAGUAUGAAAGGGCCUCUCACUGCAAAGGGCCUCAGCUUACUUCAGCGAUUGCUCUACGUUCACAUGACGUACGCGAGGCUGAUAUCUGUGGUGCAUUUUAUGUAUGAUGUAGGGGCUGUGUUGCUGCUCGUGUUUGGAAUUUCUCCACUGGACGCGCCAGAUCCGAAAAAGUUCAUCAUUUUCGUCUCCAUUUUCUUGAUGGCUGGCAUUGUGGUGCGCGUGGUCCUGACGGCUGGCGGGCAUGGGCUUGACAAAUCCGAGUCUGGGGCGAUGGCGUUUGAGCCCAUCUUCAGGUACAUAACGGUGAAAGGGCUGUUUACCGCGUUGGUGAAGGGACAGGAUCUCAAGUUCAAAGUGACGGACAAGUCACAAGCCGUCAAAAACGGAAACAAGAAGGAGGCGCAGGACGAGGAGGAAGAAGAAACCGAGCAAUUUCAACACGAUCCCAGGAUGACUGUUCUGGGACGACCGUCUCCAGAGACGCCUGCACAGGGACUUGUGGGCAGUACACCGGAGAAUGUCAAGCAUCCGGAACCGAUAGACAAUCACGUUGUCCCAAUUUCCGGUCAAGAUGACUCGUCUUCUACAUCGGAAUCUGAAGAUGAAGAUGGGCGGGGAUUUAAGAGGAGGAAAAGGGUACGAAGUGCUGAAGAAGUCCAAGAGCACCGGAGGAACAUUUUCAAGAACCUGAAACGGAUAUGGUUCAACAUUGUCAUGGCGAUUCUUUUGAUAUUCGCGAUCACAUACGGAUUUAUCAAUCCUCCAACUGAUACUCAAACGGUUGUAGUGGAGGUGGACGGCGUCCUCGGGACUUUUGCAUACCAGAAUAUUCUUCCUCUCGCCAUGGCCUUAGGAUUUGCUAUGGUGAACCUUUUGCCACAUCUACUGGCAAUUUACCUCUGUUUCAUUCCCUAUGUGUCGGGAUGGGAUAUGGCAGACCUAGUGCAUGGUCGAUGUGACCAAUACGCGGUGCACCCAAAGACCGGGAAGCUUUUCGUUCCUUGGUCAUUCAUCUCAUUGUUCACGAUUGCCAGAGUGAUACUGAUGAUUGGAUCGGUGGGGGCGCUGGCGUUUUUCACAUUUGGAAACUCAGAGCCGGAGUUUGUUCCUCUCUCCGAGGGGUAGACGUCCGAUGUGUGCUGAGUCUUCGUCUGUAGAUUCCUUGUUAAUCAACUGAAACUGUGUCAGGACAGGGAUCAGGACAAGGAUAGAGUAGUAGAGACUUUUUCGUUGAAGUCGAAAUAGGUGGCUAGUUACCCAUUUAGUUUACAACACUAAUUGUUAACAAACGCAAUUGACUGUGGAGA